CUAGCGGAGAGCGCUGGUGGAGAGAGACGCUUCCCUGAGCUACUUGGAGAAACAAAACGCCGGGCUUGACACUGAGUGAUGACCGUGGCGCGGAGAGACCCAGCAGACCGGGAAUAAAAACGCGGAAUAAAAACACACACAUAGGGAGGGGACAGAGAGGAGGAGGCGCAGGGUGCCAGUUUGUGGAUACCUGCGCGCAUCCGUUCCUGCCGCAGGUGAGCUAGAAUCCCUCUGAAGGGAGAGUUGUUUUCUGUUUUUUGGGUGUCCUGUGAAGGAAGUGAGAGAACAGCAUAUCUUCCUGGGAUUUAUUCCUCCGGUUCUCGUCUGCUUUUUUUUCAGUCACCCUCAAAGCAAACACUUCUCGGGUUUUGCCACAUUCCAACCCCAGGUUUGACUCAGCAUCUUAAUUCGGAGCUUCGUCAGACCGUGGACUUGGUUCUGAAGGCGGGAUUACGCAGAGCAGCGUCUCCGGUCAGAGAGGAGAACAUUCCUCCAAACUCGGAACUCGUGCCUCGCGACGCGAAACGGAGUCUUCCCAUUCCCAUCUGUGUGCUGAUGAAGAGGACAAUGUCUGGAUUAUUACUGUCCAACCGGCCCCGGGGAAGAGGGGGAGAGUGAGGGAAGCCGAGAUAGAGAGAGAGAGGAGGGUGGAGAGGUGAAGAGAAGAAGGAGGGAAGUCGGUGGCGCUUGGCUGUCGUCCACUUGUUCGUUAGCGCCCUUUUUUGCCAUUCGCUCUCCACCUCUUUUAGUUUUUAUCGUACUGGAUACACGGACACACACCAGGAGACGCACGGGGAGGACCUGCGUUCGCACCCUGGGCCAGUGGGAGGUGACUGUCAGAAGAAAUGCCGGUCCUAGGUGCCCUAGUACAUCACCACCUGGACCAUGGCGACUCCUUGGCCAAUGAGAAAAGAGAGGUGCUCCCAUGGCUCUGCCUGCCUUGCUAGAUGGCCAGCGUCCUCCUUGAUGCUUCUAUGGUUGCCAUGGGUGUUGCUAUGGCUGCCGUGGACCGCCCGAGCUGAACAAGUGGGCGGCGGGGUGAGCGGUGGGAAGGUGCUCCACGGUUCCCUGUCAUCCUCCUCGUCCUCCUCAUCUUCUUCCUCGUCCUCCUCGUCCAGCACUUCAGCAUGGGGCUUCAACACGAGGCAGAGCGGGGGGCAGCUGGACUGGCUGCUGUCGGAGAAGGGACCUUUCCACAGAUGUCCGGAGUACACAGAGUUCAGAGAGAGGUUCCAGCAGGGAUUUUCUACCAGAUACAAGAUUUACAGGGAGUUCAGCCACUGGAAGGUGAACAGCCUGGCAACAGAGAAGAGAGAUUUCCUCAAAUCUCCGCUGCCCUUAGCGCCGGAGUUCCUGCGCAACCUGCGGUUACUGGGGCGACGGCCGACCCUGCAGCAAAUCAACGAGAACCUCAUCAAGAAAUACGGGACCCACUUCCUCGUCUCUGCUACCCUGGGAGGAGAGGAGUCUUUGACCAUUUUCCUGGACAAGCAGAAGCUGAACAAGAAGUCGGAGGGUAACAGCAACAGCUCAGUGGUGUCUCUGGAGCUGCUCCAUCAGCUCGCCGCUUCCUACUUCACAGAUCGAGAGAGCACCCUGAGGCGACUGCACCACCUCCAGAUUGCUACCUCUGCCAUCAAGGUAACCGAGACAAGGACGGGCCCUCUCGGCUGCAGUAACUAUGACAGCUUGGAUUCGGUUAGCUCGGUGUUGGUGCACAGCCCGGAAAAUAAGAUCCACCUAAAGGGCUUGCAAGAUGUCCUGCCAGAGUUCCUGCGGGGGCGUUUUGUGGAGGCAGCCCUCAGCUAUGUGGCGUGUAACUCGGAGGGCGAGCUGCUCUGCCGCAACAAUGACUGCUGGUGCCGGUGCUCGCCCCGCUUCCCAGAGUGCAACUGUCCCUUCGCUGACAUCAAGGUCAUGGAGGAGAACCUGAAGAAGAGCAGAAACGCCUGGGACAGCUUCAACCAAGAGUUCAUGGAAUCAGAUGAAUUCAAAGCCCUGCUGAAGCGCUUGCCCACCGACCGGUUCUUGAACGUGUCCACGGUCGCCAAGUUCUGGGCAGCCGACUUGUCCAUCCAGAAGCGCUACGGCCAGCUGGAGUCCAGCACCGCCCUGGUCCUGGGCAAAGCCCAGAAGGUCGUCAGGAAACUGUUCACCCUGAGCAAACGCUGCCCCAAACACCCUCGCAUCAGUCUGCCCAGAGAGAGGCCUGUCGGGUUUUGGUUGAACAGGGCUCAGUCUCUGCUCUACUGCAAUGAGCACGGCGUGCAGGGCUCCUUCUCCGAGGAGGUGAAGAGCUGUAGCUGCCCUGCGGAGCAGCCCACCUGCCAGGGAGCCGUUCCCUGCGUCGUGGGCACCUCCUCCACCUCCUGCUCUUCCUGCGCCGCCGACAACGCGACCCGCUGUGGAGCCUGUCACCACGGCAACCUCCUCCAUCUAGGCUCCUGCCGGCCGAGCAUCGCUGCAUCCCUGGACCACUAUCUGAACUUUGACCUGGACAUGCCGGAUGCUGAGGUGAAGUACCUGCUUCAGCGACUGGACAGCAGAAUCGAGGUGCACGCCAUCUACAUCAGCAAUGACGUCCGUCUGGGGAGUUGGUUCAACCCCGCCUGGAGGAAGAGAAUGUUGCUGACCCUCAAGAGUAACAAAAAUAAGUCCAACCUUAUCCACAUGCUGAUGGGCAUUUCUUUCCAGAUAUGCUUGACUAAGAAUUCGACACUGGAGCCCGUCCCUGCGAUUUAUGUCAAUCCUUUUGGGGGAAGUCACUCAGAGAGCUGGUUCAUGCCAGUGAACCAGCCUGACUUCCCCGACUGGGAGAGAACUCGACUGGAAGCCGUCGUCACGGCACAGUGUUACAACUGGACACUGACCAUGGGCAACAAAUGGAAGUCCUUCUUUGAAACGGUGCACAUCUACCUGCGAAGCCGCAUACUCACAGAUGAUCCGACAGCGAACGAAACUCUCUUCUAUGAGCCGUUGGACCUGGACGACCAGACGUCCAACCUCGGGUACAUGAAGAUCAACACGCUAAAGGUGUUCGGAUACAGCCUGCACUUUGACCCCGAGGGCAUCAAGGAUCUCAUCCUCCAACUAGACUACCCUUACACGCAGGGUACGCAGGACGCCGCCUUUCUGAUGUUGUUGGAGAUGAGGGACCGGAUUAAUCGGCUGUCUCCGCCGGCGCCGCAGCCCCUGGACCUGUUCUCUUGUCUGUUGCGCCACCGGCUCAAGCUGUCCGCCGGAGAGGUGGCACGCAUCAAGGACUCUCUGCAGAUCUUCAACUCCAAGCUUCCCAAUGCCUCUCCUGAACCUGAGCUGGCCCAGCUUUGCAGCUAGCUAGCUUAGCAUACAGGUCAGGUUCCGGAAGUGAUGCUAGAAAGUGGAGUUGCUGCUGGACUGAACAAGGGAGGUUCAACAGAAUUAUCCUCUUGGACCCAAAGCCUCUGGAUUAAUAGAACAUCCAAUUCUGAAGGCUGAUUGCUGGGCUUUUCCUACAGUUACACUUGGCAGGAUUUCUGUUGUCAUAUUUCUGUCAGAAAUUGCUACCAGAGCCCUUUGAUGAACAGUGGAGUGAUGUUGUGGACUUUUGAGAGAACAGCUGAUACUUGGACUCUUUCAGAAGCUCUACUGUACGAGCCCGGAGGCAUACUUUUGCUAUUACUGCCCUGCUUUUGGCAAACUGUACGACUGGAUUAAGUUAAGAGACUCCCACACACAGACAGUUUUUUUUUUUUAUUUAGAACCUCAGAGAGCCGACGUCAUUAAGUAUACCUAAGACAUCUGCCUUGCAAAGAUAAAGGUGGUUUUGAUAUGUAAAGAGAAACUCUUAAGGGGUCUUCACAACUGAGUAAGUGGAAGAGAAGAGUUCCCCUUUUAUAUCCCUAUUUUCUUUGGCUACAGAACAAUCUCGUGGGAAGGGGAAAAACGAGAUAAUAUUAUAAAUGUGGUGAAUGACUUAUGUUAUGCUUAACAGUUUAAAAUUUGAUAAUCCUGAACCCUGUUACUGUCUUUGAAUAUUUAUUUUUAACCCCUGCCUUCCAUUUUAUCUGCCAUUUGAAAACGUGUAAGUACAGUAUCUAUGCUUAACAUCCGAGUGAGAAGCCCGUUAGUGAUGUUCUGUCCUUGGUGGCGUGUCUAUACCAAAAGAAGGUGAACACAUUGGCAAACUGAAUUGCAAACUAUCUUAAGUGUUGAGUUAUUUUUUUUUGGGAGGCAGAAAAUCGUCAAGAACUCUUCUGAUGUGGAAACAAAAAGGUCUGAGGAAAUAGCGCUGUAAAUAACGCUCCAUCUAACCCCAGGUGUGGACAAGUGCACAUUGCUUUUUAGAUAACUGAGUGCAAAGACCAAAAAAAAUGUUUAUAACAAAAACAAACUCAUGCCUUAUAUGGAGAGUCAAUGUUAAGAUAAGAAGCACAUUUAGUUUCUGUGUUUGAUUUCCCAGCAGAGGCUGUAUUUUGCUUUUUAUAUUUCAAUAUUUCUACCAAGACAGACAGACACAUUCUCCAGAAUAUGUGGUAUUGUAGCUUUUCUUUCCAUGUAAAUGCCAGACACUUUCUGCAGCUACUUGUUUUGAUUUGGUGUUGUGAAACUUUGAGUCACUAGUCACACUCGACACCAGUACUCACAUACUGUAAUUGUUCUGCAAAAUCUCCAAUUAGACAAACUCUCAGCAACUGAUUGAACCUGGUGGAUCUCAUUAUGGUUUUCAAUGGUUUGGUUUAGUCUCAGGUCAAUGAAACUAUUUUGGUUUUUUCUUUACUUGUGGGUCCAAUGUCAGCUGCCGGUUACCGCGAUGACUGGAGCUACAAUGUUUCUGUAGGGCAGCGAUGGUUCUCUGGAGAGCUGCCAACUUACCAGGAUGAUAUUUGAUAUGAUUCUACAUUUACUUCACUAAUUUCUCACUGAAAGUCAGUAAACCUUGUAUGUCAUUUUCAGCAGUUCUUCUGUGCUCAGCUUGCUUAAGUAAAAACAAAGUGGUUUAUCUA